CCUAGCAACGCCUAAAAUCGACAAAUCACCAAACGUCAAUAAUGUCGACUUUACCAAUCCUUCAACCCCGUCUUAUUUUAGGCUUACGAACCGAUGUUAAAGGCAAUGCCCAAUUCAUCACAGACGAAGAAAUAAUUUACCCCGUGGGGGCGGUUUUAACCAUCCACAACCUCAACCAAAAACGCCAAAAAUACAUCAAACUUGCAGACAAGGGUAAAAAUGUGACUGAAGUGGUGGUCAGUCCCAACAAAAAACUAGUCGCCGUGGCUGAAACAGGAGAAAAACCCUUCAUAACCCUGUGGUGCCCCUUAACUUACAAAAAGAAACGCCAAAUUAACCUUCCAACUGAUAAGGAAAUUUCAGCUGAGAAAUUCACAGCAGUUGCGUUUACUUUUGACUCGAAAUACAUUGUUUGUGUGAGUGGGGAACCUGACUGGACCUUGUACUACUUCAGGUGCGAUAAGGGCAAACUUGAGAGUAGUGCUAGGGCUAAUAAUAUUAGCAAUACGGGGUAUGUGAGGCAGAUCGCUUGCAAUCCCAACGAUGCUAAUCUUUUAGCCCUGGUUGGUGAUGGGCUAAUCCGAAUUUUGGCUUGUACUGACUACACCUGGAGGCAGUAUGGGUACAGCAAAGGCGAUCAGUGGAACUUUAGCUCAGCCGUUUGGUUAACACAGGACCGGCUUUUGGUGGGUACUCUCGAUGGGCGCCUUUUGGUUAUUGAAAGUGGCGAGUUGAAAUUUGUUUUUUCGGCCGCUGAUUUAGCAGUGAUGGACUUGAAACCAAAAGACGAGUUGCAACAAUCGUCUCAAACCAGCCUCAAAGUUUUGAGUGACGACGAAAUUGACCCGAAUGAGGAUUACAGCAUCCGCUCCCUAAUCCAGUUUCCGCGCGGUUUUGCCUUUGGUUACCUAACCGGAACCGUGCACUUGUACGAAAUGGAAACCCCUCACAAAUUCAUCAAACGCAACAUCUUCAAAAUCCCCGACCACACAAUAACCCGCGAGUACGAGGAAGAAACCGAGCAGAAAAUGACCACAGUCAACUGCGUCUCCAUCAACCCAUCGCAGGGCAAGCUCAUGGUCACUUGCAGGGAGAGCCAGAUCUACAACGCGACUCUCUGGAUGCAAGACUCCGCAAUCACCACCGCAGUCGAGUCAAUGUUCACCGAAUAUGGGCCAGCCCUCCAUAACGGACCCAUCGGGAGCAUGGCGGUGUGCAACUGGAAGCCCAUCCUGCUCACGGCUGGUCGCAACGACCGUACUUUGAAAAUCUGGAACUACGAGACGGAGGAACUGGAGCUGAUGCAGCAGUUCCAGGACGAUUUGUACGGAGUUGCCUUGCACCCGAGUGGCCUUUAUGCCAUUGUUGGCUUCUCGGACAAGUUGCGGUUUCUGACUGUGAUGAUCGAAGAGUUUGAAAUGACGCGAGAGUUUAACAUCCGCGUUUGCAAGAUGUGUGUCUUCAGCAGGCUGGGGUACUUGUUUGCUGCUGCGAACGGGAACGUUAUUCAAGUUUACUCGAGUAUUACUUUCGAAAUGUUGUAUAACUUGAAGGGGCACAAUGGGCGCAUUUUUGGCAUGUCUUGGACGGCCGAUGACCGGAAGAUGGCGUCGUGUGGGAGCGAGGGGGCUGUGUAUGAGUGGGUGGUGCAGGAGUCGAAACGGUUGUCGGAAACUAUAAUGAAGCAGUGCGAGUUUAAAGGAGUUGCGAUUACGACGGAUGGGAGGUCGAUUUUUGUCGUGGCAAAUGACGGGCAUAUCAGGGAAUUGAUGAAUUCGAACGUCCAUAGAGAUGUUUUGGUCACAACGGCCGGUUUGGACUCGAUGGUUAUGUCGAAAAUCGACCAAAUGCUGUUCGUGGCUGGAAAUGGGGGGACUGUUUACAAUAUUAAGUUGCCACUGUUGGAAAAAGCCGAGUAUCACGAGUAUAGCAUUCAUGCCGAUGUUGUCACACAAAUGUUAGUGUCUUUCGACGACAAGUACCUUUUCACCGGUUCAGAUGAGGGCACAAUUUGCUUUUGGAAGUUGUUAAAUACCGAAGGGAAAGCUAUCAAAAUGGAUAAGGAUUUUCAACCGUCGAAGGAUAUCCUCAUUUCUCGCCAAAUCCUUGAGGAACGAAUUGCACAAACUAAGAAUCUUCAAAUGAGGUUGAAGGAACUAGAGUCGGAAUAUGCCUAUCAGUUAAGGCAAAAUGACGUCGUCAAUAGUUUGAGGAUGAAGGAGAUACAUUCUGGUUACUGUCAAGCAAUCGAGGAACUGAAGGAAAAAAACGAACAACUCGAAAAUGACCACGUGCAAGAAAUCCACAACAUCAAUCUAGACAUCAAGCAAAUGAAAUUGGACCAUGAGGAGUUCGUGCGCGAAUUGGAGGCCAACUACAACGAAAAAUUAAUUUUCGAAUACGAGAAAUACCUCCGACUGGAGGAAAAAAUGGAAAAGAUGAGACGCUACUACGAGAAAGAGUUAGACGACUUGAGAAAAGCGAAACAAGACUCGGAGGAGAUAAUAACGAAUGGGUUCCUCGAAAAAUUGGAGGAGAAACAGAUGCAGUUUGAGGAGUUGGUUGAACAAACCGCUCGCAAAACCAAAGCCCACGAAGUGAUCAAACAACAAAUUGAAGAUGACGCCGAUCGAGAGAUUUACGAAUUGAAGGCGGCCCAUGCCAAAGAACUCAAAGAAGAGCAAGAGUUGAACGUGAAGAUUCGAGGCGAAACGGCGAUCGUGAAGAAAAAACUGAUUUCAUCGCAGAAGGAAAUCGACGAAUUGAAAAGCAAAGUGCACACUUUGGACCACGACCAUGCCAAGUUGAAGAAAACAAUCAUCAAUCUUGAGAAAGAUAUCGUCGAUUUGAAGAAGGAGAUCUCGGAACGCGACGCCACGAUUCAAGACAAAGAAAAACGCAUCUUUGAUUUGAAGCGGAAGAACCAAGAGUUGGAGAAGUUUAAGUUCAUCCUUGACUUCAAGAUCAAAGAACUGAAAUCGCAAAUCGAGCCCAGGGAGCAAAUGAUUCAAGAACAAACCGAGCAAAUCAAUGCCAUGGUUAAAGAACUCGAGAAUUUGCAACGAGUUAUUUUGAGUCUUGAUUUACAACUGCACGAAUUGAGGGAAAAACUUUACGCUUCGGAUAACGAAGUGAAGAAGCAAAUUGCGAAGAACGCAGCGAUGAACCGAGCAUUGAAGAAGAUCAAGACUGAUAUUUUCCUAGCGAGUGGUCAGAUUCAGAAUGUCCCACUUCUGAUUAAAACUGUGAAGGAAAUGUACCACAAGUUCAACAUCGACGAAGAUUUCGAACUGACCCAAGCUGAAGACACGGAAGUGAAGAGCGAGUUUCUGAGACAGAGGGAGUUUUUGGAGAGGACGGUGACAAGUCUUCAGAUGCAAGUUAAUAAGAGUACUUCGACUUUGAGUUCGGAUAAGGUGAAGUUGACUGAGGAGAACGCCGUUUUGUUGGUCGAGACCAACAUGUUGCGGAAGCAACUCAAAGACGAGCAGAGGAGGAAGGAUAAGUUGCAGUCGAUUCUCGGGGUGAACCAGAAGUAUUUGCCGCCGAAAGUCGCAAUGGAACGGGUGCAAAAUGCGACAGCAACAAGGGAGGAAAUUAAGAAGGAGUACCGGAAAACGAUCGAGUACAAUGAGAAGAGUAUGCAAGCUUUGAGGGAAGAGAACGACAGACUCUUGAAUAAAAUUCUAGUCGAGGCGAGUAACACGACGGAAAUGUCGCCAACAGCUGGUGAAUUGUCAAUACAGGAGGAUAAUAAAAAUGAUUAAUAAAACAAA